AAUAAUAAUACCCUCCCAGCCCCCCAUUACAUAGACCCUAAUAAUACCAACCUCGCCCCCCCAUUAUUAAUACUCCCCAUUAUAUAUAAUAAUAAUACCCCCAUUACAUAGAGAGACCCUAAUAAUACCCCCAUUACAUAGAGAGACCCUAAUAAUACCCCCAUUACAUAUAAUACUAAUACCCCUCCCCCCCCCACCGGCCUGUACUGGGUUAAUGAGAGCUCAGUAUAGACCCUGAUUAUACCCCUCAUACCUACAGACCCUGGUUAUAGCCAGAGACCACCAGCUUAACCCCCAAUUACAUCCACAGACCCUGAUUAUACCCCUCAUACCUACAGACCCUGGUUAUAGCCAGAGACCACCAGCUUAACCCCCAAUUACAUCCACAGACCCUGAUUAUACCCCUCAUACCUACAGACCCUGGUUAUAGCCAGAGACCACCCAUUGCCAUAUUGCCACCCCCAUCUAUAGACCCUGACCCCCAUUACUAAUACCCCCAUCUAUAGACCCUGACCCCCAUUACUAAUAGCCCGGCUUCACCUGACAUAGAUCUACCCACCCUUCUCCAGACCCUCUGGAAGUCUAAUUCCUACAGACAUUAACCUUUCUAGAACUGUCUGAUCUCAAACUCUCCACAAACUCCUGCCUCCAAGUGCCCCCUGGUUUCUCCCUCCUGCACUCUGCCCUAGCUCUCAACCAGCCUCUCCUUCCUGUCCAAACUCUUCCCCAGCUUCUCCCUCCUAUCUCCAAGUGCCCUCUAGUUUCUCCCUCCUGUCCUAACCCCCCCUUCUGCCUCCUGCCCUAGCUCUCAACCAGCCUCUGCUUCCUGUCCAAACUCUUCCCCAGCUUCUCCCUCCUAUCUCCAAGUGCCCUCUAGUUUCCCCCUCGUGUCUCUCCAGCUGUCCCCCAGCAUCUCCCACCUGUUUAACAGCUCUGACCCUUCUCUCCAACUGUCCUCCGGGUUCUCUCUCCUGUCUCCCAGCUCUCCUGCAACUUGUCCCUCCUUUCUCCAAUUCUCCACAUUAUCCAUUUUUGUCCCAACCCCUUCCAGCUUCUCACUCCUGUCUCAGAAUCCCUUGCUGUCCUGAUCCCUUUAUUUUAGUACACCUUCUCCUAGAGGUCUUCAACAUAAAACCCAGUUUCUGCCAUACUUUCUAAUUAAUUGUCCCUUUAAGGACAUAGGAUAUCUGCUCCUGUGACUAGAUUAUUUUCGCAGAUAUUUUUCUUCCACCCAAAGCUACACUUUUUCUGUUUUACAAAUAUGGCCUCUCAGAGAGGAAAAUCCAUGGACUUGGAGCAUAACUGUGUUUUGUGCUGUCAAGAGGUGGAAAUUUAUGCUGUUGGGAAGUGUGAUCACCCUAUCUGCUACCGCUGUUCUACCAAGAUGAGAGUAUUGUGUGAACAGAAGUACUGUGCUGUGUGCAGAGAGGAACUGGACAAAGUAAGUAUAGAAACCUUUCGAUAAGCUAUUUAUAAGGCACCACUAUAAAUGCUUCCAUUCUGUUUUAAUUAAAGGACCACUAUAGUGCCCUGAGGGUGCCCACACCCUCAGGGACCCCAUCCUGCCGGGCUCUGGGGAGAGGAAUGGGUUAAACACUCACCUUUCUCCAGCGCCGGGCGGGGAGCUUUGAGCCAGUCUCAUAGGAAAGCAUUCAUAAUGCUUUCCUAUGGACGCUUGCGUCUUCUCACUGUGAUUUUUCACAGUGAGAAGCACGCAAACGCCUCUAGCGGUUGUCAAUGAGACAGCCUUUAGAGGCUGAAUUAACCUAUUUAUAAACAUAGCAGUUUCUCUGAAACGGCUAUGUUUUUAUAUAUAUAUAUAUAUAUGGGUUAACCCUAGCUGGACCAGGCACCCAGGCCACUUCAUUAAGCUGAAGUGGUCUGGGUGCCUAGAGUGGUCCUUUAAUAAAAGUAAUGGCCUAACUUUGCACAUGUUUCAGUUUACUUGUUUUAUUGCAUUUUUGCCAUUGUGUUUAUCUAAGUCUGCACCUAUUGCUAUUUAGGGCACACACAUAUAUUUAUAGAUUACAGAAUCUUUACUUGGCAUUUUUUUCUGGAUCCAUUAAUGGGUUGAGCACAUUUCUGUUAGCCUGCAGUGCAUCAUGAAGCCACGCACAAUGCAGUUUGGAUGUAAAUGGGUGAUUACGGUCCACUGUGCGUCAUUUUUAUAGUGUGUAUCUCAACUCUGUGACGAGCUGUACUUUGUGCAUUUUCCAGCAUUUUUGGCUAAUGCCAGGUUCUGCUGAAAUUGUACGAACUGCAAAGGGACACCAUCUGCAAUUUUUUAAAAUAUUUUUUUUAGUUUGUUUUGCACCGCCCAUUCCACUCUCCAUUCAUUGCUUACGUAAUCCACCAAUAAAGCAUAGGUAUGUGGGGUGCUGCCACCCUUCAAAUAGUUUUGUUAGCUGAACUAGUGACUGGUUAUUCAGCGGCUCGUGAUUCUCUUGGCCUGUCCAACCACCGUUAAUUGUCAGUGUGGUCACUGACAUUCGUCUAUUGUUAAAAGAAAACACAGUACUAAUGUUCAUUUUUAUUUUGAAAUAAAGCAUGUAGCAAUUUGUAUAUGCCAAAAGAAGGCAGAAGGCUAAAAUUGUACAUUUGAUGACCGUUUCCUAUUAAAGCGACAAUGUGGGUAGUAUAAUCAUUAAAUCUCUUUGAACGGAGAUAUUAAAGCACUGUCCUUCCAUUCAGUGUUAAAGCAGUUUAACACUUAAUAAGGGUCCCUGGCCACACACAGUCCGGCCCCUUCUGAAGGUGUGGCUAUAGCACGGAUUACACACUUCCUUGUCAUAAUAUUUCAUACAGUCAGUUGACACUCGCAACCAAUCACAGCUGGUCAUUUCUGCAGAGGUGAAUACUUCCUUAUUAGCCAAAGUAGCACAGAAGGGAUGGGCUGAUGAGGGGGCUCUUAUUUAGCAUUGAAAAAUAACAACAUUAAAAACUGUUUAAUGCUUAAUGAAAUUAUGACACCAUGGGGAUUCCAGAGACUAACCAGUUCAAUUAGAUGAAGCGGACACUGUGCCCAUUUAAUCUGGCCCUCAUCUAAAAGGGGACCCACUGCCCCCCCAAAUAGAAUUACAAAACACAAUGAAGACACCCACUAUAGUUAUACUGUAGUAUAUUUGAUAAAUCUAGGGCCACGGUUUUAUUCCUUGUCAAGUUUUCAGUUUAUAUCUUUUGUUUUACCUAAAUGUAGAGGAACAUAGAUUUUUGAAUGUGUGCAUCUGGUUGCGUUUCUACAUAGUAUGUAGUUUUGAUUCACAAAGAUACUGUUCUAACCAAAAAUUCUGUAAAAAAAAAACACUUUAAAUUUGAAUGUUAAUUUAAUUUUGCUAAUAGCACAGUGUGUAAAUAUAAUUACCGGGCAGUGUUUGUUUAGCUCUGUAAAUGAGACUUGUCUGUCUAGUUGUUUAUAAAAUGACAGGCAGCAGUGUGUUUAGCCAGUUAUGUUUUGCUGCAUGUCUUUCUUUUGUUUUCACAGGUGAUCUUUGUUAAACAGCUCGCUCCCUUUUCAAGCCUCAACACACAACCAAUGCAUAGCGAGAAGAGGUAUGACAUCUACUCAGACGACGUAAAGAUCUUUGCCCAACUCAGGUAAUGACAACUUUAUUUGAAAAUUUCUGUAUGGUACCUUUAAAUACUUAAACUAGUAUUGACUGUUCUGCAGCAAGGUUUAUUAUACAGAAGCAUGACACCAUUGUGGGGGGAGGAGGGUAGUUAAAGGGACACUGCUAACAAUGUUUAAACUUAGGUUCAAUUAUGUAUUUAUUCUUCUGUUUAAGUAUCGAGCACUUGGUAUGCCUCUAGGAGCUGCUCUGUGUGAUCAGUGCUAUUCAUAGUAUGGAUGGAAAAAUGAAAUGUCUGACAGAAAUAAGAAUGGGAAGCAUCAUGCGGUUCUUAAUUCUGCCUGUGAUUUAAUUUUUCUGUUGGUACUAUGAAUAGUACUGAUCAUAUACAGCAAAAGUGCUACAAUUUGUGUGUGUAUAUCUCUUUCACACAAAAGGCUGAUGGCUACACUGACAAUUGCUAUAGUAACCAUGUGUCUCCCUGACUGUCCUCUGGAAUAACUGAGAACAUGUUGGAGUGUUGUUUGUGGACCAUCACCCUACUGAUUUUGAAUAGAGACGUCAAUAUAACAAGCUAAUAAUCGCUUACUGUAAUGAUUGAGUCUAUUUUGGGAACUACUGCAGUUGGGUAAUUCUGGCCUCUGUUUUCUCAUGAGCUGAAUGUGUUUCACUUUCUGUAUCCACUGUUUAGGCGAUUGCUACAACAUGAAUGCACCUUAUGCCCUGAACUCCGACCGUUUCAUGCCUUCCCUGACCUAGAACAGCACAUGAGAAGGAACCACGAGCUCUUUUGUUGUAAACUGUGUGUAAAAUUCUUAAAGGUAAGUCUCCCUUAAACUGGAUAGCUUUAUGUCUUCAUCAUGGCAAAAGAAACCGAACCCUUGGAUUACAGCUUCAAUUAAAAGUAUCUCACAAAAAAUAUAACUGGAAGACUGUCACCAGGGGACUUAAAGUACCAUAACCGCUACAGCUCUCCUUUGAUGAAGCAACAGAAACGUGCUGGACUUUGCUUGCACUUGCAGUGUACCUCCCACUCUUGCAUGAUGUCUUUUUAUUACACAAUAGUUUUUUGGACUUUGAACGCUUGAUUGCAGUGUUUCAUUGAUAUCUGAUUUCUUGGCUGCUUGGUGAAUAAAAUAAUUCUGCCUAUUUUUAUUGAUUUUACUGUAGUGUGAUUGAGUGUAUUAAAAUCAAUGUUUUGUUUUUUGAUAAUUCAGUUAGUUGCCUUCCCUACACCACCACACAUCGCAUAUAUUGUACUGAAUUCGCUCCUAAUUUACCAAUCCUAGAAUUUUACCUAUGAGCGCAAGUGGUAUAGCCGCAAAGACCUGGCUCGCCACCGCAUACACGGUGACCCAGAAGACACAUCUCACCGUGGGCAUCCACUCUGCAAGUUCUGCGAUGAACGUUAUCUGGACAAUGACGAGCUAUUGAAACACCUGCGAAGGGACCACUAUUUUUGUCAUUUUUGUGACUCUGAUGGUGCCCAGGAAUACUACAGGUAUGUGGAUCAAAAUACUAUCAGAAUUAAUUUCCUUGUCAUUCAGAAAAAAAUACAUUGAUGAGCAUUAACUAAUGGCUUUCUCUUCUAUAAAAUGCAUGCGUUUCGGGACAUAAAAGUAGGAAUGCUUCAUUAAGCUAAAGUCAUUUUCGUGCCUGUAAUGUUCCUUUAAGCAUUAUUGUCCUUUUAAUCUGACGUGCACAUCCUUUCAAUUACAUUUACCUGACUAGUGCAGUACUUGUAUCAAUAUAGAUUACAUAAAUCUUUUUUUAAAAUACUAAAUCCGGGGGCAAUGCUUUGGUUUGAAAGCUUUCAUAACACAUUCUACAAAAAAACAAAUGCACUUAAAUGUUAUUGGCUAUGAUUUCAAACUUUUUUAUUUUUUAUUUUGUGGAUUAAAAACAGUGAAAAUGUUUGUCAUAUAAUUUCUCCCCACAAGAUGGCAAUGUUGUAUCGUGUAGUAUCGCCAAAGAUACAUAUUUAAUUGUUUCUACAUUUUCUAAUCCACUCUCAGUAGUCCAUGGUUAUUGAGUAUAGCCCAAAGUUUGACAUGCCUCUCAGAUCAGUAAAGCAUCAAAUGUAAAAUAAAUGAAAUAACGCUAAGUCAAUAUAUCCUUUUUUUUAAAAAAAAUUUUUUUUAACUUAUUUAUACUUUUAUUUUUAAGUGAUUACUCCUUCCUUCGUGAACAUUUUCGUGAGAGCCACUUUUUAUGCGAGGAGGAUAAUUGCAGGACCGAGCAGUUCACGCAUGCUUUCCGUUCUGAAAUAGACUACAAGGCACACAAGACAUCAUGUCACAGCAAGAGCCGCGCUGAAGCCAGGCAGAACCGGCAGAUUGAUCUCCAGUUUAAUUAUGCUCCCCGACAUAAUCGCAGAAAUGACGGUAAGGACAGUGUGGAAUAUCCACUAAACUGUGAAUAGAUAUGGACUAAAAACGUAAAUUUACAGUUGGGUAAAAAAUCCCAAGCUCCGCACACUGCCUUUUAAAGGAGCACUAUAAUGUCAACAAUACAAACAUGUGUUUCUGACACUAUAAGUAUAACAAGCCAUUUUGGGUCCCCUGCCCCACCUUGACCCCUGUUUAAAAAUGUGAUUUUACUCACCUUUUUCCAGCGCCGCCUGGGUCCCCCCUAGGCUGAGAUCAUCAAACUUCAUUCAUCACUGGCGAUCAUAACUUUCUUGUUACAGGAGGAGUUGUUGGAGGCGAGGAUUAUGAAGAGGUGGACAGGUUUAAUAGACAUGUAAGAGUCCCAAGAGGCGGAGCACGUGGAGGACAGCAGAACAGAAGGGGAAGUUGGCGGUAUAAAAGGCGAGUGUGCUUUUCAGGAAAUGCUUGUCUUGUAAGAUUUCUUAGGUUUACAUGUAAAGAGCAGUCCUGGGGCGAAGUUCGAAGUGUUGGUUUCCAUGGUGCUUCAGCGAAGCAGAAAGAACACUCCACUUCUAGUACAUUGCUACAGCGUUGCUCUUCAUACAUGGUCCACUAUUGUGCUUUUAGUUGUGCUGAUUUUGUGGAAUGCUUUGUGACAUUAUGUUCACAAGACAUGCACUGGUAUAUAUUUCAUUCAUCAAAGAAAGAGUGUUUAUUGAUCUGUAAUUUAAAACCUGCAGGGAAGAGGAAGAUCGGGAGGUUGCAGCAGCGGUGAGAGCGUCUGUAGCAGCCCGGCGUCAAGAGGAAACUGGAAGGAAGCAACCACUAGAAAAUCUGGAAAUCUCCAAGUACAGGAGGGAGGAGACCCGGGAACCUGAGGAGGGACGAAAGACCAAACUAACCCCCAAACCUCCAGCUGACAAUGCAGGUAUGUGUUUGUUCAUAUGAAGAAGGAUCCGUAAUUUCAUUUCAAAUUGGAUGAAAAAUGUGGGUUUUCUUACUGGUACUUGUUUGUAAUUUUCCCCACUAAGGCUGUGAAUUUCUCGUGAAACAAUUGUCUCUAGGCCCCAAAGAGACAGCGAAGGCGCAGAAUGUAUCCAAUGGUACUUUAACUGAGGAGGAUUUUCCCGUGUUUGGUUUUUUCACAGCUACCGCACCAUUGUUGAGGUAGGAAAUUCCAUUAAGGAUAACCAUGACUAUCUGUGACGGCGGUAUUGUUGAUGUAUGAUUAUAUUGAAAGCUGUAAUAGAUUUGGUUAGUUGUGUGAUGUGCAUGGAUACAUGGGGGGUGUUUAAGUUGCUGGAAUGGUACGAUGUGUUGUUUUUUUGUUGUUUAUUUUUACUGUGUAUGAUAUGACCUAGCAAAGUACCUGAAGGGAUUAAUUUGAACUAAAUGAGAGCCCUUUUAUUAUCGCACUAGGUGCCAAAAUGUGACAGCUUCUACAACAACUCACUGAAAUGUUUAAUUGCAUACGCAAUUUAAAACUUAAAUGUGACUUGUUUUCUUUACACAGAGAUUUAUACAGAAAACAUUUUUAUAUGCACUUCGUGUAUUCUUUCUUAACAGCAAAUUGCACAUCUCAAUAUUUUAUAUGAAAUCGGGCUAUUGUGUCUUAAAUGAAUACUCUCUAAAUGUUCGUGUUCUUUGCUGUCUUUAGAUACGUUACUUUUUUAUUUUAUUUUUUAAAAUGACUAUUUAGCUUUAGCUUUGAGAGUACAGGGACAGCACUAAAACAUUAAGAUGCCAAGGGUGUCCUGCUGUUAGUAUUACUAGCUAUUUUUCCCUAUCAUUGCAAAUUAAAGUGCACAGCUCACUGACUGACUGACUGCCGUCACUAAUAGCGGGCUGAAGAAGUGCAGCUGCUAGGAUGCUCCCCUCAUGCAUAGAUUCUGAUGUUAAAGCAGUGAAACGUGGCAGAAAGAGCCUUCUGUACUGCCUCUGUUACUUUUAUUUUGUAAUAUAGUCAUGUUUAUUUAGCAGAAACAAUGAGCACAGGUUCUUUUAAUAUACAGAUUAUGAAGGAAUUUUAAUAGAUCAUUCAAAGUUCUAUUGAUCUUAAUUUAUUUUAUUUUUUUUAAAUUUCAGCUCUGUAAAACCAGCACAAGUUAAACUGAAAGAAGAGGACUUUCCAAGUCUCUCAGUCGUUUCCACUUCAUCAUCCUCCUCCUCCUCCAACACUACCUCAUCAAGCACUUCCUCUGCACCAGCCUUCUCCUCAGGACUCGCAUACACUGCUUCUACCAGGUCAUCAAACAGAUUCCAGGAAGAAGAUUUUCCAGCUUUGGUGUCCAAUCUGCAACCGAACAGAACAAUGUCGUCUGUGACUUCUGCAUGGACUGCCAGCUCAUCCAAAAAUCCCUCCAAGCCCACAGCCCCUAGUGUGACUUCUUCCAACAAAGCUGGGAAGAAGACUUUGCACCCCACCAUUACUAAGCCAGCCUCUAAAAAACCAGCAAAAGUGUCUUCUCAUUCUGAAGAGGAGGAUGAUGGCACUGGAAUCACUCAACAGGAAUUCCGGAAUGCCCCCACCAUGUUUGACAUCUCCAAACUGCUUACCACACCACCGCCUCAAAGCUCUGCUAAGGUGGGCAAGAAGAAAAGAGUUGGGUCAGAGAAGCAAAACAACUCCAUCACAAGUCAACAGAUGUUUGACAAAUCUGCCAAUUCGUCCCUCAAGGAAAAUGCUACGGAGAUUGAGCGCACGCCGACUCCGCCUGCCAGUACCAUCCUUGGUGAUAAAUCCAACACUGUGGCAAACGGGCCAACUGAAAAGAAGGCGUCAGAGAACAUCAGUAUCUUGAAUGAUCCACCCGGUUUCAAAAAAGCAGCGGUUUCUGUGCCUCAAUAUUCUUUACAUGAAGAAGAAUUCCCAGCCUUGGUGAACAAGAAUGUGUUUAAGUUGCCACCACCAGGUAAACUGUUACUAGUGGGAUUAGUGUAUAAAUCUCCAGUUAUUUUCUAAAUGUAAUAACCAGCUACAGGAAGGAAAUCUGUUUUUUUUUAACCCCUAUUCUUUUCCUUGUUACUCUUAAUUACAAUAUCAGUGUCACCUUUCUCAUGCAGUAUAGGCUGGAGCACUAUAAGUGUUAGGAAUAUAGUUUUGUCAUAAUAACAUAUAUAUUUUAAUCAAAGCGCUUUGUUCAUUUUAUCCACGCAGUGAUGUGCAUUGAAGAUAGAACAACUCAGAUCUUUACAAGUUACAGCUUGCUGGCUCCUAAUUCUUAGCUUAUUGUGUCCACACAGUGCAUGUGUAACAUUUCUUUUUGUUUGGCAGGUUUCUCUCCAGUUGUGACAGUAGCUCCUAUAGCACCACCCCCUGGUCUAUCGGCAUCUGUUGGAAAACCACCUCCAGGCUUCAGCAAUAUCUCUCCCAUAACACAGUCCGCUGAACCGGAAGCCAAACCGGUCAAAGAGUAAGUGGACCACGGCAAUGCUACUGCUGCAGACUUGAGUUGACUCCUAAUGAUUCAUUUAAAAGUAUAAACCUAAAUUUUAAAAAAGCUUCUUUGAAUUUUCUGCGUUUGCCAAGUUGAUGCAGAUUGUAAAGUAAACCAGAAGCAGCCUGACUACCUUCAGAGCAAAAAUAAUACAACAACAAAAAAAACAAACACAAAACUCUUAACAGAACUAUAGCACUUGACCUGGAAAUUCUGUAAUUGGCACACACCUCCCAGACCACAAUGGUAUGUACUAGGGAUAGGCAAACUUCGGCACUCCAGAUAUUGUGGACUACAUCUUCCAUAAAGCUGUCAAAGCAUCUUGGGAGGUGUAGUCCAAAACAUCUGGAGUGCCGAAGGUUGCCUCUGCCUGCUAUAUACCAAUGUGGGGUGUGUUUUUGUCUUAAUUCCAUAAACCCUUCUCUUUCCAGCAGCUUAUUGGGGAUGUAGUUUAUGCCCCCACCUCAGUUCCACAAAUCUUGUAAAAUUAAUGAAACCUCACAAUAAAGUAAUAGCUGCCAUACUGCAUCCCUGCAGUCUGUUCAUGGUUUCAUCCUGUAUAGCCUAUAUAGGUAUGUGAUUGGGGCUGUAUAUAGUGACAUCACUAGCCAUCAGCUGAGAUUUACCCAAUAUCUGAUAGAUUGAAGAUGUUUAUUAGUCUGUGUGGUGUCCAGUUUAUCUGCUUUUUAUUGUUUUCUAUGGGAGUGUUUACUGUAAAAAAUGCUGCCCCUUAGAGGAUUAUGGCAUAUGUAGUUCAGCAAUUGAGAACAUCCUAAAUGAUGAAACGAUGUGAAUUAAAGUACUUGGCAAGCUAAUAGACACUGGUGCCUCCUCCAACACUGAUUUAUAGAACCUGAUUAUCAGUACACAGAAGCAGUCCAAGGACUGAAUCCUGGGGUUCCCCACUCACCAAUUUUAUCCAGAAUGGUGAUUUUCAGUUAAUGGAAACUGUGACGAAGUGCCCUUUGCUACUUGUGCCUGGAGAGGACUAAUUGCCAGCCUCCUGCCCUGUGACCAUGGCCCCUGGAAGAUUUUGCCCUUUAAAAAUGCUAUUUGGGCAUAUUGGAUUUUAUACUUUGCCCCUUUAAAUUAUAUUGGAGCAGUCUGCAGCUUUAAAUUGUGAAGAAAACCCCUGUUUUAUUCCCCCUGCUCCCCACUCCUAGAACACCAGUUAAACCCUUAAUACCUUGUUACAUUCAAACUCUGUCUGUCUGACCCUUAUAACUGUAAUUUUGUUUUCCUCUGAGGAGUUGUUGUUUUGCUGCAUGAGUGCUGUUGCUUUUGUGAGCUCAUUAAACAGACCUGCUUGACCCCUUCUUGAGCCUUGGCUCAUGUUUGGGGGAUGGGAUAAGUCUGCAGUGCUGAUGGUGUCACUUGGAGUCCUCGGCAAGCACUAUGAGCAUCGAUUGGCGGAGGUACUCGGUCGGAGUGCCCGCGGGUCCGUCACAUUUUGGAGGAAAACGGUGGGAUGGCGUCCUAGUGUGAGGAGAAGCAGCUUGGAGACACUGGUAACGUUACGGAGCUACAAGUGAGGGCGACGCUAGCACUCGUGCAGCGCAGCACCCUUGUCUACAGCGAAAUCCAAGGCGCGGAUCGGAGCGCUAGUGGCCCAGAGUUGGGGCCGAGCGAACAUGACUUAAUGCUAUGAGGGCGAUGCCUACAUUGCAAAGGUAAUGAGGCAGCUAGCCGGGUAUGGCCCAGAUCCUUCGGAAGAGGUGAUCGUCCGAAUCAUGCACGAGUUGGAUGAAGAGACCCAAGCAGCACAGCAAUGUGAGUUCAGAUUGUGGAGAUUGGGGCUGCGGACAACUGAUCUCUCCCCCCAGCUGGGAUGGUUGAUCCCUCCACCUUACCGCAACCAGCGUUCUGGGGAGUGGAGGCAACCGGCAGGUGGAGAUGGGACCGAGGUGUCUCUACCGGCCCUACAGGGAUGCCUGGCAGCCGGCCCAGAUCCCCAGUGGCAGCUGGAGUUACAGGGAGAGGAGACAAUCGGUCUCUCUCCCCAGCGGCGGCCUGAGUUCCAGGAGGAAGAGAUGGUCGAUCCUUCCACCCUACAGCGCCCUGGGGAGUGGAGGCAACCGGCCUCACCCUCCAACAGCAGCCAGAGGUACCGAGAGAGGGUACGACUGGUCUCUCACCGCAACUACAAGGGGAAAGCAACCCUAACCCCACCAGCGCAGAUGGGACCGCGGUCUCUGUGCCAAUUCUACAGGGACCCUGGACGGCCAGUCCAGAUCCCCCAACCAUACUCGCAGGAAUACCAGGAGGAGGUAAGCAAGCCCUCCUCUCCCCAGCUAAUUCCCAACCGAGUCCUGGGGGCAGUGGAUGGGUCUGCGAUACACACUGACCCCCUUCCAGCAGACGAGCUGGCAUCCGGGCAGAGCGCGGUCAGCCUCUGCCCUCCCUUGCCAUCUUGUUCAAAACCUGAAUGCCCACCAGCCAAACCCAGCAGAAGCGCUGGCAUCCGGGCAGAGCGCCGUUGGCCUCAGUCCACUAGUUCCCUUCAGCGACCUGGGACAUACAGGCCAGAGUCUGACACUAGGAAUCACCAGGGGCAGUAAUGGUGUAUUGUGGGUUGGCUACUCUGUUAACUGUUUGUUGUAAGUGAGCUACUUGACUAACUCAGGUACUGACCGACAGAAGGUCAGGUACGUGGUUAGUCUCCCGCCCCCCCAAUGGGAAGAUGUGUGACGAAGUGCCCUUCGACACUUGUGCACUAAUUGCCAGCCUCCUGUCCUGUGACUAUGCCCCUGCAAGAUUUUGCCCUUUAAAAAUUUUAUUUGGGCAUAGUGGAUUUUAUACUUUGCCCCUUUAAAUUAUAUUAGAGCAGUAUGCAGCUUUAAAUUGUGAAGGAAACCCCCUGUUUUAUUCCCCCCUUCACCCCCCCCACUCCUAGAACACCAGUUUAAACCCUUAAUAUCUGUCAUAUAUUCAAACUCUGUCUGACCCUUAUAACUGUCAUUUUGUUUUCCUCUGAGGAGUUGUUUUGCUGCAUGAGUGCUGUUGCUUUUGUGUGCUCAUUAAACAGACCUGCUUGACCCUUUCUUGAAGCCUUGGCUCAUGCUUGGGGGAUGGGAUAAGUCUGCAGUGCUGAUGGUGUCGGUUGGAGUCCUCUGCAAACACUAGGAGCAUCAAUUGGCGGAGGUACUCGGUCGGAGUGCCAGCGGGUCCGUCACAAAACCCUCUCUACUUUUACAUAAAUUUAAAGAGUAAAGUUUCUUUAAAAUGUUAAAGUAUUAGAUGUAUAAAAUAAGGACAGAUUUUCAUCAUUGUACUUUUUUUGCCCUCCUUGUGUGUGUUUAAUAGUUACGAUUUAUACAUUCUUUUUGCUAGCAUUUCUUGCUUUUUUGACAUGCCUUAGUGUUCUAAGUGCAAUUUUUUUAAAAAUUUUUUUUUUUUUGUUCUCAGAUCUCCUUUUUGCACGAGGGCCUACCUUGUACCCGAAAAUUUUCAGCAACGGAACAUCUACUUGAUCAAUUCCAUCAAAGAUUUUCUAGACAGUGAUGAAUCAAGGUUCAAUGAAUUUAAAUCCCACUCUGGCAAAUUCAGACAGGUACACAUACAGGUUGUGUUGCUAUUUGCAUAAUAUAUACUGGUGUUUCUGGCUUCUAAUUAAAUUAAAUAGCAUGUGUAUUUUUGAUCCACAGACUGUUGACAUAUAUGUUGUGUAGUUUUCAUUUAAUUCAAGAUAUUUUAAUCUUGUGCACCAUACUCAUCAAAAUUUUAUGUGUGUUAUCUUCUAUAUUUCAUGUUUGAUAGUAUUAUCGGUAGAUGGUAAACAUGUAGAUUGAUAUUUCAUAUAUGCUUUGCAGGCAGGUUCUGUGGAUCAUAUGCCAUGUUAAAUUAUAUGUAAUGCAAAAACAAGGAUCUUGUUUUAUGGUUUGUCUGCUGUUCAUCUAUUGGUCCACCUUUUGCUGCGCCUGAUGGCUCCAGCCUGCAUCACUGUCUAUUCCAAGCCUUACCUGCUCCACGAUGAGAAACGUUAAAGCAAGUUCUUUCUUUGUGCAGGGAUUGAGUUAUAUUUUGUUAUCAUGUGUCUGCUCUGUGCCUCAUGAAUGUGUCACUUGAAGUUAUUUGUGUAAUCAUUUGUUUGUGUUUACAUUUCUGUACAGGGGCUUAUAUCUGCUUCGGAGUAUUACAAAAGCUGCCGCAAAUUACUCGGUGAGAACUUCAGUCUGAUCUUCAAUGAACUCUUAGUCCUCCUUCCUGACACGGCCAAGCAGCAGGAGCUGCUCUCUGCUCACCGUGAUUCCUCUUCCGAAGACAAGCCUGUCUCCAACAAGUCCAAAAAGGGCAAGAAGGGAGCCUGGAAAACAGACUCAAACACUUCUGAUCUGGACUAUUCCACUUGUCCGAGUUGCAGCCAGGUGCUGUCCCCCAGGGAUGUUGGCUACCAUAAAACUUUGCACAUAGAGGAUAAUGAUUUCCCCUCUCUCCAGGCCAUCAGCAGAAUUAUCAGCUAAGUUCACUCUGCUCAGUGUGAGUCUACACUCAGUAGGAAGGAGAAUAAUACCAGUAAUGUCAAAGAGAUCUCAUGAUAGCCAAAACUGGCUGUGGUUUGCUGCCUGGCAGUACAAAGAUUAUUUCCGUUCUCCACGCUCGGCGGCCAAAUUACAUUUCGAUAUAACCAACGCAAAAGCGAUUAGCUGAAAGUGAAGAGCUGGGCUGAGGAAUUUGACCUGCUUGGCAUCUGCCUGUACCAGGUUUUUACCAGGCACCCAUUGCAGAAUGAUUGAAAGUUUCAGUGCAGUGAUCUGAGUGGUAUUUAAUAGGGCAAAAUAAAGAACCUCUAUUUAAAUGACCCAGAGUGUUUUCCACUUUGCUCUACCAUCCUAAAGGACUAAAACAAAUAUUGUCUUCAUUGUGUUGGUGUAAAAUAAGAGAUGCUUCGAAAUUAUAUAUAAUUUUUUAAUCUGAAUAGUUCACAGCCCCAUGGUUUUACUCUCGAAUUGCUGUAUGGAAAUCUCAUUAUUGACCAUUUUCAAACUGCAGACAGUUCAUCGGCCUCAAACCUAUAUACACAUACAUAGCUAAUUAAAUACACUAGUAAAGAGCUGUCUGGCUUUAAGCAUUGAGUAAGCUGGUUGCUAGCAAUCUAUAUUGAGCCAUGUCUGAUUGAAUGGAUUAAAUACAUAAUACCAGCAACCAACAAGGUAAUUAAAAAAAAAAAAAAAAAAUCAACAUUUAUCAACAAUAGCUUUUGUUAUUUCUGAAAGUAAACAUUUUACAUUAAGAAAAAGCUAUGAUACGGAGUAUAUCAUAGCUUCUGGCCUUUUUAAAAGCAUAUCUUUAAAGUGUAAUGGCCAGAGCAAUGUAAAACAUAGCAUUAAAGGGGCACUCUUCGUGCCAUAACCACAAAAGACUGAUGUAGAUUUUAUGGUACUACUGGCACUCUUCCUCUUCUGUGUCGAACGGUUUGAGAGAGGUCCUCUGGGCACCCACGGCUGGGUACCUCACUUGGAAUAUUGCAGAAGUUCCACUCUUGGAAUAUCAAUUUCUUCCGAAUUCUGAUGGCAUUCAUUGUCUAAGCUGUCAACUGACAAGUGUAGCUAAUGAAUGUCAUGUAAGCACGGUAGGAAUUGAUAUUGCUUCUGUUGUAAGUUUGUGAUAAACUGUUUGGAACGGACCUGUGAGACUGUGCCGUACACAUGUUGUCAUAACCACUACGGAGGACUGCCAUAGUUAUGGUACUUAGAAUAGCCCUUGUAAUGAUUCCGAGCAGGUGAAUAGAUUUUUGGAGUUCCAAGAUCAGAUAAUUAUAACUCAUUGACUGCCGCUUCCAUAAGAUUUUAGAGAAAUGAACACUUAUAACGUAUCUGUAAAUAAAAAGAAUCGUAGAAUCAAAGAACAUUCAUCUUUUGAACAGAAGAGGAGAGAAAAUGAGGGCAAGUCACAAAACCUUAGAAGGCAAUUUUCAAGAAAAAUAUUUAAAUUAGUUCCUUAGGUUCUCUUUUUCAAAUAGAAAAUUAUCCAAUCAUUAGAUUGGUCAGUGAUGUUCGGGAGCAAAGGUGAACAAGCAGAUGGGACAAAUAAAGCUAAGUCUGUAUAUUACCCAUCAUGCAUUUGUGAUCUAGUAAGUUUUAAAAUCCCUUUUACAACCAUCAUUCCCUCCCAGUAUUGUCUUCACAUGGAGACUACUGUAAUGGGUUCUGUGGAACCAAGUGUUAAUUUAAAUUUUGUUGUGCAUUGAAUCUUUGCCUCAGUGUUUGGAGUCUAUAACGUUGCAGUGUAGCCUGUGUUAAUGUGGAGACCAGGUGUUCACAGCUUGUAGCUCCGUUUUGUUACAUGUUUAUAUCUUGCUGCAAUGAACCACCAAAAACAGGGCAUCAAAGGACCUUGUCAGCUGUUUAAACUGACCCCCAUUGCUGUCCUGUUAGUUUACAGAACUCUGCUCGAUGCUAGUGCAGAGAGAGCGAGAGACUGACUUUACAUUUUCCACUUUUUCCUUCUUUUGACUUUGUCACUUUAAAAUUCUUACCUUAAAACUCCCAUAGUCCUUUUGGUGAUACUAGUUUAUUAUAGUAAAUCUAGGGUGAUUUUAUUUUCCACUAUUUUUCCUUUUUUUUUUUUUAUUUUUUUUUUUAAGUAAUUUAGGUUAUAUAAUCAUAAUGCAGUCUGUUAACGAUCAGAACAAUAACUUGGCUUAUACUUGAACUAUGGAUGCUGUAGGUAUUACAGCAGUGUACAUUAUUGGCUAUUUGUGUGGCACAUAAUGUCAUAUCUGAGACUCGGCAGCACUGGACUGCUCUAGAUAAGAUGUUUGACCAGGCAUCACUGUUUGGUAGCAAGCUAGAGUACAAUCAGUAGCGAAAGACUUCUACCCAUGCUCCUGUAUAUCUAAUUUUCAUUUUGUAGGAACAUCCAUUUGGACUUCACACACAAAUUACUUCAUUCACUAAACAGCAAAUUGGCAUUGAUUUAAAAUGUGUAUAUAAAUUCCUUUCAAUGCAAAGACCUCGUCUGAGCACAUUUUUCAACUGGUUAGGAAAAAAAAUCGUUUUUGAAUACACAUUACAUUUUGAAUUUACCGCAGAACAUUUGCCAGUAAAUUAACGUUAGUUUAUUUUUAUGGGUUUUCAUUUCUGGAAGUGAUUAUGUAUUGUUUAAAUACUUAUGGUGCUUCGAACACCUGUUGACUAACAAGUGAUUGUAGAAAACAAAAAUUCAGAAAAUCACUUCUAGAUCAAAGAUCAAGUUUGUGCCAACUUGUAUUUCCUCUUUGCUUCCUUGUAAUUAAACACAAAAAGCAAAAUGCAGAAAAAAAAAGUUUGUCUCGUGUUUUUUACAUUUUCUUUUGUGUUUUCC